AUGCCUCGUCGAACUCGUGCUUUCAUUAAGGCUAUAGAAGUGUGGUUUCAAAAUCGCAGAGCGAAAUUUCGAAAACAAGAACGUCUGGCCCAACAAAAGGUGACGAACUCGAACAGCGAAAGUCCCAACCUGCCCAAUAUCAAAGCCGAAAGCAACGGUACGUCCAAGAACAACAUGUCCAGCGGCGGCGGCAAAGACGUGAAACCCGGCUCCCCCAAUAGCAGUGUCUCGACUACGCCUAACUCAAAUACCAGUAGUGUUUCUAGUCAUCAUUCCAGUCAAGGGGAUAUCAAGCCGCUGAAUGGGAGCAAUGGUGAGUAA